AGGCCUUGUGGGCCCACCGCGGGAAGUCAUGGGAAGGCGAGUCCCUCUGUAAGCCAAGGGGCUUCUGGGAAAAUCCCGCAGGAGUUUCUGGGAAAGUGAUCCGAGAGAAACUCUGAAGACUUCUGGGACGAUCAGCCCUGGCGCGGGGACCUCUGGGAAGACGAGUUCCGCAGGGUCCGGACCCUGGAUGUCUGGGAGUCCGGGGCCGCCGGCACCCCCCGAGGAGGGGGGCGCGCCGCCUCCCGGGGCCGAGCCCCCCAUGUCCGUGUACCACGAGCGACAGCGCCUGGAGCUGUGCGCGGUGCACGCGCUCAACAAUGUCCUGCAGCAGCGCCUCUUUAGCCAGGAGGCGGCCGAUGAGAUCUGCAAGAGGCUGGCCCCCGACUCCCGCCUGAACCCUCAUCGAAGCCUCCUGGGCACGGGGAACUACGACGUGAACGUCAUCAUGGCUGCGCUUCAGGGCCUGGGCCUGGCUGCGGUGUGGUGGGACCGGCGGCGGCCCCUGGCCCAGCUGGCCUUGCCCAAGGUGCUGGGCUUCAUCCUGAACCUGCCCUCGCCCGUCUCCCUGGGCCUGCUGACCCUUCCUCUGCAGCGGCGGCACUGGGUGGCCUUGCGGCAGGUGGCCGGCGUGUACUACAACUUGGACUCGAAGCUUCGGGAGCCCAUGGCCCUGGGUGGCGAGGCCGAGCUCAGGGACUUCCUGUCCGCUGCCCUGGCCGAGGGCCCAUGUGAGGUGCUUCUGGUGGUAACCAAAGAGGUGGAAGCCGAGGGUAGCUGGCUGCAGGCGGCCUGAGCGCCCCCUCCCCCGGCAGCAGGUCCUGAGGGACCCCCACAGCCUGGGCACCCGGCCCUGGGCGACUACCUCUCCCUGUCACAUUGCUGCUGCCCCUCCCGGUGUGGGUCUGCCUUCCCCGUGUCCCAGUCCUCCCUGUCCUGGCUUCUGUCCGUCCGUCAGUCAGUCGGUGUCUCUGGAGAGUGUCCUGACCGGCUGUCAAGGCCUCCCUGGGGGGAGGGAGGACAAAAGGGGGGCAGGCUCCUCAGCUGCCGCUGCAGCCACUUCCUUAAUAAACGUGGCGGCCUGGAUGGCAGGGCCCGCCCCUCUGGGGGCCUUAUCUCCCCUCACCCCCCUCCAGGCACAAAGUGCUCCGGCUAGAUUAGGGCCUCCCCAGCUGUCCCGUCCCAGGCCUCUCCUCUGCCCUCUCCAGCAGCCACACCCCCAGCACGGGCUGGGUGCCAAGGGCUGGGGGGGCAUGCUCUGGGCUCCUGCCUUGGCAGCCUCCUGGUGUGCUGGGCAGGGGGUCAGCCCUGGGCUGGGGUGAGGGGCACAGGGGCCGCAGUGCUGGACUUCCCGGCCUGGGGUCGGGGCCUCCCCGGAUUGUUUCCCCUUCAGGAGACUUUCCUCAUCUGUAAAGCGGGGAUAAGCCUAGCCUCCACCUCAUGGGGCUUGUGAGAGCCCCCAGACCUCGAAGCUUGGCCAGCCUUCUGGGUCAGCCAUGAUGGUAUUACCACUGACUAGCGCAUUAAAAAAACCUCUCAAGUGCUA